ACUGGGGAAAAACCCUAUCGUUGUGAAUUAUGUGGAAAAUGUUUUGUCUCUAAGGGUAGUUUAAAAUCCCACCAAAGAAUACAAACUGGAGAAAGAUUGUUUCAUUGUGAAAUAUGCGGAAAAUCUUUUAAUUGUAAGAGAAAUUUAACAUAUCACCAAAGAAUACAUAGUGGCGAGAAGCCUUUUGGCUGUGAAAUAUGCGGGAAAUCUUUCUCUGUUAAUUCUAAUCUUGUAGUUCAUAAAAGAAUACACACCGGAGAAAAGCCCUAUCAUUGCAAAGUAUGUGGAAAGUCUUUCAUCACUAGCAGUUAUUUAACGAUACACAAACGAAUACACAGUGGAGAAAAACCGUUUAAAUGUAAAAUAUGUGGGAUUUCAUUUAAUGAGAAUUCUAAGCUUACAAUUCACCUACGUAAACAUACCGGAGAAAAACCGUAUUGCUGUGAGAUAUGUGGGAAAUCUUUUGUCAAUAGCAGUUAUUUAACAAAUCAUAGUAGGGUACAUACUGGCGAAAAACCCUAUCGCUGUGAAAUAUGCGGAAAAUCU